AUGUCAGGACACGGAAAACAUCUCGAUCAUCAAAAUCCGAGGCUGUUAGAAGAGGAAGAAAAGGCUGCAGUCACGAUCAAUGUCUCCGGAAAGAAAUUCACCACGUUUUGGACGACGCUUGCCAAACGGCCUGAAUCCAGAUUGGGGAAAUUAGCUGAGGACAGGGGGUAUGUACAGGACAGGGGAGAGAAGCUUUUCUUUGAUCGCGAUCCAGCUUAUUUCGGCCCAAUUUUGAACUUCUACAGAACAGAUAUAUUACACUUUCCCCAUUUUUUGUGCGUGCCUAUAAUUCGUCUGGAACUUCAAUUCUGGGAAAUUGGAGAAGAAAACUUGGCGCCUUGCUGUAAAGAAAUUGUUCAGACUUUUUACAAAGAACAAAAAGAAAAGAAAUUAUUGGAGAAAGAGUUCAGUCAAUUUUCACCGGUCAUUUAUAACCAUAAAGAAGGGACGUGUGAUUCAUACAGACAUCGACUAUGGGUGUUCCUAAAUAUUCCGUCAUCAUCGCGUGGAGCUAAGGCUUGGAUGGUCAUGUACAUAGCGCUGUUGUGGAUAUCAUUUUCAUUACUUGCAAUGAACAGUACCCCAGAAUUUCGCUCUUCAAAUGGAGUAAAUGCGUCAGCACUUCCACACAUUUUCAACGAAAAGUUAAUCAUGCUUUUGACGACCGACGACAAUCCGAUUAUAAAGGUUUGCGACAUUGUUUUAAACGUUUUCUUUACAUUGGAAAUUGUGGUGCAAUUAUUUACAGCGCCCAGUUUGUGCAAAACUUUGAAACAAUUUCUGUCAGUAAUAGAGGUUUCGUGGUUAGUGAUCACGUGGACUACGGACAUUGCUUUUACAGCAAAGGAUUAUCUAGUUGAGAAAACCAUAGAGGAACAAAGAGAAAUCCCUGCUUUUACUACCAUGAGAGUUCUUGCGUACCUCAAUGUCACAUUGCGUGUGCUGCGUCUCCUGCGCUUGAUACCAUUCAGUCGGAACCUUCAAGUAAUAAUUUUAACCCUCAAAGCAAGCAGCAAAGAUAUCGGACUCCUUGUUACACUUCUUUUGAUGGGAGCGAUGAUAUUUGGACCUCUUAUUUUCUAUGCAGAAGUAAACGGUUCCGUGUCGAACAUUGACAACGUACUUGUUGGCUGUUGGUGGGCCUUGGUUACCAUGACAACCGUUGGCUAUGGUGACAAGUAUCCAUCUGCGUUUGGCGGAUACGUAAUUGGUGUGGUGUGUGUGGUUUCAGGGAUGGUUAUCACGGGCAUUCCUAUAUCCAUUAUCAGCAACAAUUUCAACAAAUAUCAGUCGUUUGCCGAGUCAUUGAAAGAGAACAAAAGAGCAAACGAAAACGAGGAAAGGGUUUCUUUAACCUGA